UCUGUCGACGAGAGAAAAAGAGGAACCGAACCCGUCUGUUACCUACAAAUCCUCGCUCGAAUCCUGAUCGAGACCUGUUCUUGCUUCCGUUUCACACCUUCCCAUCGUAGAUUUGAUUUUGAUUUUGAUUUUGAUUUUGCGUUUGGAUCAUCUUCCUCGUGGUUGGACUCUAAAUGACCUCCGCGCCCCCGUUGGACGCUUCUUCCGCCCAAUCUCAGAGGCAGCACCAGAUACUGCCUCCGAAGAAGCCGCAGACAAAGAGCGCAACGCUGAUCUUCGACGAGAUCUCCAAGCUUUUCUCGCUUCCCAUCGCCGAGGCCGCUCCUAUCUUAGGAGUUUGUACAAGUGUCUUGAAGAAGGUAUGCCGUGACUAUGGCAUCGUACGGUGGCCUUAUCGCAAGUUCCUUGCUGGGAAAACCGUGGAUGAUAUUAGAAGGGAUGUUGCUAAAGAGAGGCCUGAGAUACUUGAUGUAUCAAAGACAACCAACCAAAGAAAUCUUGUUUCCAAAGUGAUUUCUUCUCCCAGUGGUUCCUUAUCAACCUCGACAGGAUACCCUGCCCAGGAUCCGUCCAAAAUGCAGCAAGUUUCACUUACUGUGAAUGCUUCGCCACAAGGAAAUAGGUUUAUACAAAAUGGAUUGCCUAUGAACCAAUCAAAACAUAUCCCCACCUUCAUGGAUGAAUUCAAAUAUGGGUUUCCGACCAAUGGUUUAUCAUCACAUUCAGUCAAAUGGUGGGGAGUUAGCGGGCAUGAAGAUGCUGAUGGUUCUCUACCGGGAGAAACAGCAGUUGAAAAGGAUGAGAAUCAGGAAAUGCAAGAACUAUCAAAUGAUGAUGAAGACCCUGAUUCUGGUGCAGAGGAUAAUGAUGCUGAAAGUAAGCCUUCUGCUUUAUUGUGCUCUCUGAGACGAAAAGCUGUUGAUUAUGGACGGGAAUCCCUCGGUAAAGGGAUUGGAAUACCAAACAGACUUACUAAGAAGCAGAAGUUAACACUAACACAAGUAUCUGGGUCAUCUCUAACAGAAAGUUGGAGCAUCAACUUUUCUUGAGCCCUUUGGUGUCAUAAAAUCUCCAUGAUAAUGACACCACUUUGUAUAACUAGUGGCUAGGCAAAUGCAAUUAGUUUAGUUUGUUUAAAUGGUUAAUAUUCUUGAAUAUUUGUAAGUCAGAUAUUUGGUCAUCUGGUUCUGAAAAAUCCAAACACCAAGUUUUCUUGAUCUUUUUCAAGUUCCACAAUAACUGGGUGUUUCCUUCUCCCUAUCAUGUAAAUAUAUUCAUUUCAAGUCUCA